GGAAAGAAAAUAAAACAGCUACGCACAUUUUCUCCUCGGUAAAUUGUCGCAAUGGCAAGUCCAGGCAAAGAUAACUACCGGAUGAAAAGCUACAAGAAUAAAGCCCUGAACCCGCAGGAGAUGCGGAGACGGAGAGAAGAAGAGGGCAUUCAGCUCCGUAAACAGAAGAGAGAGGAGCAGCUUUUUAAAAGGAGGAACGUUUGUAUGCCCUCUACCGAUGAGUCCAUGCUGGAAUGUCCUAUUCAGGAUCCUGACGUCAGCUCCACUGUGCCUGUAUCAGGUGAAAGUGUUAUAACUCAAGAUAUGGUUCAGAUGAUCUUCUCAGAAGAUCCAGACCAGCAGCUAAUAGCAACCCAAAAAUUCAGGAAACUACUCUCCAAAGAGCCCAACCCCCCUAUUGAUGAAGUCAUCUGCACGCCGGGCGUGGUCAACAGAUUCGUCGAGUUUCUGAAAAGGAACGAAAACUGCACUCUUCAGUUUGAGGCCGCCUGGGCUCUGACCAACAUCGCCUCAGGGACGUUCCUCCACACAAAGGUCGUCAUAGAGACGGGAGCCGUGCCCAUCUUCAUCGAGCUCCUCAGCUCCGAGUACGAGGAUGUGCAGGAGCAGGCCGUGUGGGCACUGGGGAAUAUCGCUGGGGAUAAUGCAGAGUGCAGAGACUACGUUCUCAACUGUGGUAUUCUGCCUUCUCUCCAACAACUGCUUGCGAAGUCCACUCGGCCCACCACAACCAGGAACGCCGUCUGGGCGUUGUCCAACUUGUGCCGGGGAAAGAACCCCCCUCCGGAUUUCUCAAAGGUUUCUCCCUGUUUGAGUGUGCUGUCCAGGCUGCUGUUUAGCAGUGAUCCUGACGUGCUGGCGGAUGCCUGUUGGGCGCUGUCCUAUCUGUCCGACGGACCCAAUGACAAAAUCCAGACAGUCAUAGACUCAGGAGUGUGUCGCCGGCUCGUCGAACUGCUCAUGCAUAGUGAUUAUAAAGUGGUAUCUCCUGCACUCAGAGCCGUGGGCAACAUCGUGACGGGAGACGACAUUCAGACCCAGGUGAUUUUGAAUUGCUCAGCACUGCCCUGUCUACUUCACCUGCUCAGCAGUCCAAAGGAGUCCAUUAAAAAAGAGGCCUGCUGGACAGUCUCUAACAUCACAGCAGGGAACAGAGCACAGAUCCAGGCGGUUAUUGAUGCCAACAUAUUCCCAGUGCUGAUCGAGAUCCUUCAGAAGGCAGAGUUCCGCACCAGGAAGGAGGCGGCAUGGGCAAUAACCAACGCCACCUCUGGGGGCACUCCUGAGCAAAUCAGGUACCUGGUUUCUCUGAACACCAUUAAACCCAUGUGUGACCUGCUGACUGUGAUGGACUCGAAGAUCGUACAGGUGGCUCUGAAUGGCCUGGAGAACAUUCUGAGACUGGGAGAACAGGAGGCCAAGCAGACCGGCUCCGGCAUUAACCCCUACUGCGCUCUCAUAGAGGAGGCUUAUGGUUUGGACAAAAUUGAAUUUCUACAGAGUCAUGAAAACCAGGAGAUCUAUCAAAAAGCGUUUGACCUGAUCGAACACUAUUUUGGCGUGGAAGAGGAGGACGCCAGUAUUGCGCCCCAGGUGGAUCAGAACCAGGGCCAGUACAUCUUCCAGCAGUCUGAGGGACCUAUGGAAGGCUUCCAGCUCUAACACAACCACUACUAGAUCAGGCCUGCGUCGUCUCCACCUUCAUCCCAGCCAGGAGCCUGUCUCUCUCCCUCUCUCCCUCUCUCUCCCACUCUCUCAAGUCACCUCAAACCCAGUGCCCCACCCCCACCUGCCCUCCUCUCCAAACCCAUAAACCCACCUGCCCCAUCGCAGUCAGAGGCCCAAACAAGCCCACCCCAAAAGAUCCUUCCCUAACCCUCAGAGCAGAGAGAGGGAGCGAAAGAGAGAGAGAAAGAGAGAAAGCGAGAGAAGGAGACUGAGAGAGAAUGAUGGAUGGAAAGCUGAAGCCCCCUAAUUGUGGCUGCCUUUCUUUCAGAGCCUACAGGAAAGUGUUCUGCAGUGGCU